AAUCCUCAAUAUUUGAUGACUGCAAGAAAGAGGAGGAAUGGAAGAUAAUUCUUUUAGAUGAUUACACUACUAAAUUACUGUCACUGUGCUGCAAAAUGACUGAUCUGCUGGCAGAAGGUAUCACAGUGGUGGAGAACGUAUAUAAAAACCGUGAGCCUGUCCCACACAUGAAAGCAGUGUAUUUCAUAACUCCCACUAAAAAGUCUGUGGAUGGACUUAUUGAUGACUUUAUCACUAAAUCAUCCAGCAGAUACAAAGCAGCGUAUGUGUAUUUCACUGACUUUUGUCCUGACAACCUCUUCAAUAAAAUUAAGUCUUCCUGUGCAAAAUCAAUAAGGAGAUGCAAGGAGAUCAACAUUUCCUUCUUCCCAUAUGAGUCUCAGGUAUUUACUCUCAAUGUGCCAGAUGCGUUCUACCGCUGUUAUAGUCCAACUCUGGAAAAGACAAAGGAUAGAGAUGCUGUAAUGCAAGUAAUGGCUGAACAAAUUGUUACCUUAUGUGCCACGCUAGAUGAGAAUCCAGGAGUCCGAUAUAAAAGUGGACCAUCUGAUAAAGCCAGCAAACUUGCACAGCUUGUUGAAAAAAAUCUUGAAAACUACUACAAAACUGAUGAGAAAAGCCACAUAAAGGCUAAAACCCACUCCCAACUAAUAAUAAUAGAUCGUGGCUUUGACCCAGUAUCAACUGUACUUCAUGAACUCACCUUCCAGGCAAUGGCAUAUGAUCUGCUACCAAUUGAAAAUGACACUUACAAAUACAAAACAGAAGGACUUGCUGGGAAGGAACAGGAGGCAAUUCUGGAGGAAGAUGAUGAGCUCUGGGUGAAGAUUCGCCACAAGCAUAUUGCAGAUGUGAUAGAGGAAAUACCGAAACUUUUGAAAGAAAUUUCAUCAACAAGAAAAGCAACAGAAGGAAAAUUAUCAAUAUCUGCUCUGGCCCAGUUAAUGAAAAAGAUGCCGCACUAUCGUAAAGAGAUUAGUAGGCAAGUUGUCCAUCUUAACUUAGCAGAAGAUUGCAUGAGCAAGUUCAAAUCUAACAUAGAAAGGCUCUGUAAAACUGAGCAGGACUUGGCUCUUGGAACUGAUGCAGAAGGUCAAAAAGUGAAAGACUCCAUGAGAGUCCUCCUUCCAGUUCUGCUCAACAAAAGUCAUGAGAGCUAUGACAAAAUUAGAGCUAUUCUCCUGUAUAUCUUUAGCACAAAUGGAACUACCCAGGAGAACUUGGACAAGCUGAUCCAGAAUGUACAAAUAGAAAGUGAUAGUGACAUGAUCAGAAAUUGGAAAUACCUUGAUGUUCCUGUUAUCUCUUCACCUGCUGCUCAGCAGCAUAAACACCCAAGAAGGGACCGUUCUUCAGAAGAAACUUUUCAACUUUCUAGGUGGACGCCUGUUAUCAAAGAUGUUAUGGAGGAUGCUAUAGAGAACAAACUAGAUUCCAAAGACUGGCCUUACUGUUCCCAGUGUCCUCCUACCUGGAAUGGUUCAGGAGUAGUAAGUGCACGCCAGAAACCUAAAGCUAGCUAUCAAGGCGAGCGAAAGAGUAGUGCGAGACUGAUUAUAUUUGUGAUUGGAGGAAUUACGUAUUCUGAGAUGCGCAGUGCUUAUGAAGUUUCUCAAGCCUACAAGUCCUGUGAAGUUGUUAUUGGUUCUACUCAUAUUUUGACACCUAAAAGACUACUGGAUGAAGUAAAGAGCCUUAGUAAACCAAAGGAUAUCGUCUGCAUUAAGGAUGACUAGAAAUGGUGAUGUUUAUGAUGUAUUAGGAAAAGACAAAUAAUACGUACAUAUUCUUAUGGAACUGACUUUUCUAAAUACUGUACUAGGACACUACAUGGUUCUGACUAAU